AUGGCGAUGGCGGGCGAGCUCGAAAGUAGCCUUUCUCCGGGAAACCUAGCCGCCAGACUCCCCUCUGGAGGAUGGAGAUCGGCGAGGCUUAUUAUCUUUGUAGAAAUGGCGGAGCAUUUCGCAUAUUCCGGGAUAUCGUCGAACCUCAUAACUUACAUGACGGGACCAUUGGGACAGUCAACGGCUGCAGCUGCCGCAAAUGUCAACGCAUGGAGUGGAACGGUGUCGUUUUUACCACUUCUCGGUGGCUUCAUCGCUGACUCGUACCUCGGCUGUUUCCGUACCAUUCUAAUUGCAUCUUCUCUAUAUAUCUUGGGACUUGGGUUGCUGUCAUUUUCAUCCAUGCUUCAUUCUCACUCCGAAGAUCAGAAUCUACUCCAAGUGACUCUCUUCUUCUGCUCUCUGUAUCUUAUAGCCAUAGGAAUAGGCGGUUUCAAACCUUGUAUUAAGGUAUUUGGAGCUGAUCAGUUUGAUGGAAAUGAUUUGAAAGAGGCACAAACCAAGAGUUCUUUCUUCAACUGGUUGUUGUUUGGAAACUGUAUUAGCGUAACAAUCACUCGUCUGGUCUCUAGUUACAUUCAAGAGGACCUAAGUUGGUCCUUGGGAUUUGGAGUAAAGAAAAACCCUUUUGCUAGAAUCGGGAGGGUUUUCGUGGAGGCGGUAAAGAACAGGCGAAACCCUGAUUUAGAUAUCUAUAACCCGAGUGAGACCCUCCUUCUGCAUCAACAAAAUUCUAAGCAGUUCAGGUUCCUUAACAGAGCAGCAUUUUCGUGUGAUUUGGUUGAAAUUGAAGAAGCAAAAGCGGUGCUUAGGCUUGUUCCCAUAUGGAUGACUUCCUUAGUCUAUGCCAUUGUAUAUGCACAAUCUCCUACUUUCUUCACAAAACAAGGAGCCACAAUGGACAGGUCCAUCUCACUAGAACUCUUAGUCCCUGCAGCUACACUCCAAUGCUUUAUAAGCCUAACAAUUGUCAUCUUCAUCCCAAUCUACGACCGUCUAUUCGUCCCAAUCGCAAGAUCUUUCACACAAAACCCAUCAGGAAUAUCAAUACUUCAAAGAAUUGGCACAAGGAUUUUCAUCUACAUUCUUGCUAUGGUCGUAGCUGCCUUGGUCGAGACAAAAAGGCUCCAAACCGCUCAGGAUGACGUCACAAUACUGAUGAGCGUUUGGUGGUUGGUUCCACAGUACGUUCUCUAUGGAGUUGCGGACGUGUUCACAAUGGUGGGUUUGCAAGAGUUCUUCUACGACCAAGUCCCUAGUGAGCUUAGGAGUAUUGGUAUGGCUCUGAACCUAAGCAUUUUCGGGAUCGGCAGCUUUCUAAGUAGCUUGAUGAUAUCAGUCAUCGAUAAGGUCACAAGCCACUCUGGUCAAACCAGCUGGUUUGAUAAUGACCUGAACCAAGCUCAUCUAGAUUAUUUCUACUGGCUACUGGCUUGUCUUACCUCCAUUGGUUUAACCUCCUACUUGUGGUUCGCCAAGUCAUAUGUCUACAACAGACCAAACAACUUCUAA